AUGUCAACCAGUGCGAAGUCCAACACAUUCCUUUUCAAGCUCUUCAGACACAGACAAUACAAGGCCCGUUUCAUCGUCAGGUUCAUCACCGUCUACACGACUAUUGACAAGGAAUUCCUGCGCAUAUCGACAGUACCGCUGCUAUCUAGAUUCUUUUAUGAGCUAGACUUGUACACUCCACGCAUGAUGGAGCUCUUUCGAGGCAAAGGUGGGGUGGCUGGCAGAAAAAUGAGACACAUCAUGGUGGCCAUCUCCAAGGAUGACACAAUACAUACAAGACGAGCAUGCAUCCUGAAGUCCUUGUGUGUCUACCUGAAUGAAGACCAUGAGAAACUUGUGAAGGAAUAUACGAACACUGAGGCCAACACUGAAGCCAUGGAACAAACUGUGAUGGGAGUGUAUGUCAUACAUCAGGAGGGUGCGGAGCCUGGAGAUGACCCAGAGAACAUCGGUGUCCUGAUUGAAGGCGUGGAGGUUCUCACUGGUUUGAGGAGCAUUGCAAUUGCUUGUGCUCUGUUAUUUGGACUGAUAUACUGUCUGAACCUAAGCUACCCACCGGAGCUCAAAUGCACUUUUGAAGUCUUGCAAAAGAUUAUCAUGAAGCUGGAUGGACAGAGGUUGUCAUCCAAGGCACAGUUCCUAAAAAACAAGCUAAUGGGGUGA